CACAGUUCCGCAAAUCUAGUCUGUUUGUGUUUUGACGGUGUUUUGCGAAGAGCUGAGACCAACACACAAAUCCAGACCCAUAGAGACAAUCUGCAUUCAACUCUUCGGAUAAAGAAACAAACAAAAUGGCAUCGGACUCUCCACGCAGACCAAGUCGCUGUGCUGGAGGGGUUAUGGUGCGAGCACAAGCUGCUACGGAGCAGUCUUACAUGGAAAGUGUUGUGACCUUCCUGCAGGAUGUGGUCCCUCAGGCGUAUACUGGCGCUCCACCAACUGAUGAAAAAGAGAAAAUCAUUUGGGUUCGAUUUGAGAAAGCUGAUAUCAAUGACACGGCCCGCAACCCAGAGUUUAUGGAGAUGCACAGUGGCACUACGGACCCUCCCCUCUGCCUCAUGAUUGGCUACACUGAUGGGAUGCAGAUCUGGAGCAUAUCUCUGGCAGGGGAAGCCCAAGAACUGUUCUCGGUGCGUCAUGGUCCAGUGCGAGCUGCUCGCAUUCUGCCAGCACCACAUAUCAGUCCUCAAAAGAUGGACAGUUUUGCUGACAAGAGGCCUUUGCUUGGGGUCUGCAAGAGCACCGGGUCCUCUGGGACAAGCCCUCCCUACUGUUGUGCUGAUCUGUAUUCUCUACGGACUGGGGAGAUGGUUAAAUCAAUUCAGUUCAAGACACCUAUCUACGAUAUACACUGCAACAAACACAUUCUUGUUGUGAGCCUACAAGAGAAGAUUGCAGCAUUUGACAGCUGCACCUUCACCAAGAAGUUCUUUGUUACAAGCUGCUAUCCCUGCCCCGGCCCCAGCCUCAAUCCAAUAGCUCUGGGAAGCCGCUGGCUUGCCUACGCUGAGAACAAGUUGAUCAGAUGUCACCAGUCUCGUGGGGGAGCUUGCGGUGACAAUGCACAGUCCUAUACGGCUACAGUGAUCAAUGCUGCCAAAACUUUAAAAACAGGCCUAACAAUGGUGGGUAAAGUUGUUACACAGCUGGCAGGCACCCUACCAGCAGGAACUCCAGAUGAGGAGGGCACACCUCACAGUGCAAGCCGCCGAAGCCCCCACAACCCCGGUGUGGUUACCAUCAUCGACACACACAGUGUGGGAGAAGGACAGGUCUUGGUGAGUGAGGACUCGGAUGGAGAGGGAGUAGUGGCUCACUUCCCAGCUCAUGACAAACCCAUCUCCUGCAUGCAGUUCAACCUCAGUGGAAUGCUGCUGGUUACCUCCGACACACUGGGCCAUGAUUUCCACGUGUUUCAGAUCCUCACCCACCCAUGGGCGUCAUCACAGAGUGCUGUUCACCAUCUUUAUACCCUCCAUCGUGGGGAGACUGAAGCCAAGGUCCAGGACAUGUGUUUUAGCCAGGACAGUCGCUGGGUAGCUAUCAGUACCCUGCGUGGCACCACCCAUGUGUUUCCCAUCAACCCCUACGGUGGUGCACCCUGCGCCCGUACGCACAUGUCCCCGCGGGUUGUCAACCGGAUGUCUCGCUUCCAAAAGAGCGCUGGCCUGGAGGAGAUCGAACAGGAGCUGAACAGGGCGGCUGCGUUAGGAGGAGGAGCGGGAGGCAUAGCAGGAAGUGGUUGCAUUCUGGGUGGCGGAGGAGGCAUCGGGGGCCGCUGUAGCCCCAUACCAGGCCUCUCCAGUAGCCCCUCAGGUUCUCCAUUGCACGCCAAACUGAGCAGCCAGGAUUCAUACAACAACUUCACCAACAACAACAUGGGGAACCCGCGGCUCACUCCACUCCCCAGCCUCACUGUGGUGCUGCCUCUGGCUCAGAUCAAACAGCCCAUGACCCUUGGGACCAUCACCAAACGCACCGGCAAAGCCAAGCCACCUCCUCAGAUCUCGCCAAGCAAAUCCAGUGGAGGAGAGUUCUGUGUGUCCGCCAUCUUUGCCUCAUCUCGCUCCUGGUUCAUCACUAAUCCGAACAUGAAACGAGAGAAAGAUCAGUCCAGGCAGUCAGUUGUCGACUCAUUGUACAUCAUUAGUUGCUACGGUAACUUGGUGGAGCAUGUCCUUGAGCCUCGACCAAUAAGCACUGCUCAAAAGAUUAGUGACGAUACACCUUUAGAACUGAACACCUGUCCAAGGGCCUGCUGGACUCUGGCCAGGACUCCGCAGUGGAAUGAGCUGCAGCCACCCUUCAACUCCAAUCAUCCUCUUGUGUUGGCCUCUGACCUGGUGCAGUACUAUCAGUAUCUCCUGGCAGCGAUGCCCCCAGGAAGUCCAGGUCCAAUAACACGUCAUGAGUCAUCUGACAGCCUGGCAUCAGACCACAGUGGCCAGGAGGAUGAGGAGUGGCUUUCUCAGGUGGAAAUUGUGACCCACACAGGACCACACCGGCGCCUGUGGAUGGGCCCGCAGUUUCAGUUCAAGACCAUUCACCCUUCAGGCCAGACCACAGUCAUUUCCUCCUCAUCCUCAGUGCUUCAGUCCCAGGGCCCCACAGAUGUCCAGCAGCCCCUCUUGGACUUUGAUACGGAUGACCUGGAUCUACACAGCCUCAGGAUCCAGCCUGUACGUUCAGAGCCGGUCAGCAUGCCUGGUUCAUCACGGCUGGUGGCUGAUAGGCGAGGACAGUCCAACAUCAUGGAUGCAGGAUCAGGUUAUUCCUAAAAAAGAAGCUCCUCGCUCUGCCAGUUACCAUUUCAAUUGAUUUUUUUUUGCUUUUUUUUCCUCACAAGCAUGCAUCAUUUUCAUUGGCCAUUCAUCAUCCAUCCAUUCAUCUAUCCAUCCAUCCAUCCACCCACCCUUCCCUCUCUCCCUCACUGCCCAAUCAUUGUUUUAUCAUUGGUGUAUGAGAGAAGAGGACAGGCGGGAGGAGGAGGAGAAGGAGAAGGAGGAAGAGAGGAAGAUGGCCAGCUUUCUACUUGUCUGUCUCUCAGUUUGACUGUCUGUAUAUUUCUGUCCAGGUAUGGCCUCACAGAUAGUCGCCAUCCUGAGCUCAAGCCCAAUUGAUACAUGAAAAUCCUGAGAGAAGCACAUUUUCAAUGCACAAUAAAAUCCUAAUGAAACGAUUUAAUAGCAACACAUCAACUGUUAGGAUCAUGUAAUUAAAUAGUGACAGAGUUUUGUAUAUAACACUCAACAUAUUAGUUACAACAGUCAUUUACCAAGGCCACAUCACUAUUUUUCUACCCUGUUAAUGUCUUUAGGGUGUUUUCCUCAAGGUCCCACAACACUAACUUUGACAGAGGGGUGAUUGUUUAAUGGUAAACCAGUCACACAGCUCCAUCAUGUUGCCAGCCUGCAGGUGUCUUUGAUAGGGCUGACACAGACACUUGAACUUCCAAGCUUUACAGUCAUGCUCACUGACAUGCACAUUAAAACCAAACACAUCCAUGCAUUAGAAGGAAAGUCAGCUAGUUUUGUAUGUAGUUGUUGGAUAAGGUUGGGCCAAAUCACCAGAGUACUAGGUAAAUCACCUGUCAUUGAAUAUAAUGGAAUUCACACUAGACCUUUCUGCUUACAGGCCAAAACACACUGUAUACAGAGUGCCAAAGGCUACAGACAUUCAGAAAAGAUAUAGCAAACAUGCUGCCUGCUGAGCAAAGUUAAGUAUCAUACCCGAUAAUGGUAGUGUUUGACAUGUUUGUUGUUUUGAAGCUGAAAACGAAGUUAGAAGAAUUACGAACCUUUGUAUUUCCCACUCAGCUAGAGAUGUACCACUAAAGAGAUAUGUAUCUUGUAACUUAUCAAGUUUACACGUGAGCCAGUCACAACUGAAAAUAUAAGAGAUAUAUAUAUUCAUUCCAAACAUGAGCCUGAAAUGGUAACUAAUGGUAAAUGGCCAUUGUUUUAAACUUGAUUAAAAGGUGGUGCAGCACAAACUGGGUUUGAAUGUUUCUGAGAUGCUGACAACCAAAGUUAAACCACUUUCAAACUCAGGCAGAUCAAACUUCCAGCCCACAGAACAUUUAGUCUAACAUUAACUAAACCUGCUGACCCUGCCUGCAUGUGCUGAGUUACAACCACCUGAUUCAGUGUUUGAAGAAAUUGUUGCUUACCAUUAACAAGCAGCAACUUAAUAAUGUGACCACAGAGGUUGUCUAAUAUCAUAAUUCAUUUAAACUCUGAGGAAGGUCAUUGGAUAGGUCAUUGCAACUGCUAUGGUAAGAAAACUAUGAUUUGGCUUUAGUACAUGAGCUAUUUUAUAUUAUGGUUUGUAUAUAAAAUACAUUAUAUAUUACACGUUAUAUGGUGGAAAUUGCAUGCUUAUAUAUAUAUUAGUGGUGGGACGCGAUUUUAAAAAAAUUAAUCUAAUUAAUUACAGGCUUUGUAAUUAAUCAAUCACAAUUGCAGUUUUGUCAAAUAGCAAUAUUUGACACAAUAAGUGAAGUUUUUCAAUUCAAAUAAAAUUGUGGUUGACAGUUGAAUCAAUGAAUAGACAUAUACGUGUUUAUAAUUUAUAAUUUAUUUUAAAAAAGGAAAAUGGGACGUAUAGAAAAAAGUGAUUUUGAUGACGUAAAGCCUGAAUUUAGUUGUUUUUUUCCACUGUAUGGCACAUAAAAUCAGCAUAAGUAGUUCAAGGAGCUUCAGAAAGUUGAAAAUCCAGAGAUUCAUUCUGUUUUCAUCUUUUCUGGGUCUGAUAAAUGGUGUAAUUUUGAUGGUUCUUUUUAUAGGAAUAUCAAUUUUUAUUUAUGUAAUUUUUUUAUAAACAAAAAGUUUAUAAUUAAGUUAUUAAGAGAUAUUAUUGUUCUUUAGGUUAUUCUUCCUCCAAGGAGGCAGAGCCUCGACGGAGUAAAAAACUUAAACCACAGAAAUGUUUCAUUUCUAUUUAUCUGCAUUUUUCAUCUGUCUGCUACAUUCACAGAUUACUGCAAAUCCAAGUGUAAUUAUAGCGAUUUUAUUCAACAUUUUAAGACUUUCUGUAAACUCAAACGCUGUCUAGAAAAGUGGCCUGGGAUGGCUACACCGUUAGCUGUUAGCUUGACUCGUAGCUAACGUUAGCUCUGGUGCUAACAGCAACAUGUUUUACAUUGAGGUGAUACCGUCGGCUUGAAGUGACGCAGUGAUCAGAAAACUCUUUGUUGUACAAUUUGCACACAAGCAGGCUUUUAUCCAAGCUGCCAUCGGGAAGAUUUUUAAAAGAAAACUUUCUGCCCAACAAGCUCAAUCUCGUUUUCCUUCACUGUUAACCAGUGCCUGACUUCACUCAGUGAUUUCUGUGCUUCUUCUUCAUGGCUACAAACAGACUUUAGGUUCAUUACCGCCACCUACUGGGCUGGAGUGUUCAUCAGAGUUACCGGUGUGCCAGAAAUGAGGGAACUGAGGAGGGUGCAAUUAAUUGCAUUAUUAUUUUUAACACGUUAUUUUCGCUGUAAUUAAUUAAUCGAAAUUAACACGUUAAAA